AUGGCCUCUAGUCGGCUCAUUCUCCUCGCCAGUCAGUCUUCUUUCUCACAAAACGCCAAAACCUCAAGUCCGGUAUCUUCGACUUCUUCGACGACAAACCAAGCAUCUCUUUCGUCGGACGACACCGCUUUCGCUCACCGCGGUAUUCUCUCAUCUCGCCAGACACCCGGACGGCUCCCCCGCCAGGACUUCGCACGACGGCUCAACGCUCGCUACGACCGAGGCUCGACAAGAGCAGAGAACCAGACAUCUAAAAUGUCGGCCUACAGCCGCGACAUCAACGUCUCGCAGUUCCUUCGGGACCUGCAGAACCAGGAUGCGUCUCCCGAGAACCUCGAGAGCAUGGACGACGACCUGUCCAUGUUCACAAACACCCAUUUCUACGACUACGACACGGGUCUGAACACGGAUUUCCAGGCUCAUCCCAUCAAGCCCGAGACUGUAGACCCCAAGAAGUCAAAGGCCGACGAGGCAGCUCCCGCACAGCCGGCCGUAGGCGAUUUUGCCUCUCUCGACGUCGACAACUUCCUACAUGGCGACUUCAACUUCCCCGAGUUCGGCAACACCUACUCGUCCCCCACGAUCCAGCAGUUCCCUGACAACCUGAACCUGCACGCCCAUCCCAGCUCCCAGCCCGUCUACCCUGCUGUGCAGCACCCCCAGCCGGCCCAACAGCAGCCCGGCUAUGCGCCCCAGGUCGCUCCUCGCGCCGGGGAGAAGCGCAAGGCCGAUGCCCGCCCCAUCAGUUUCGAGGAGCAGUCGCGCCUCGCCGCCGAGGAGGACAAGCGGAGACGCAAUACCGCCGCCAGCGCCCGCUUCCGCAUCAAGAAGAAGGCCCGCGAGCAGGCCCUCGAGAAGUCGGCCAAGGAGAUGAACGAGAAGGUCACCGCCCUCGAGGGCCGCAUCCAGCAGCUCGAGACCGAGAACAAGUGGCUCAAGAAUAUGGUUCUCGAGAAGAACGGCGGCAACGAGGAGUACCUCUCCAAGCUCAUGGAAGACCUCAACAACAAGUCGGCUGCCGAGUUCAAGAACGGUGCCAAGGACAGGGCUGCGCCCAAAGCGGAGGCAAGAAAAAGCGUAGACCUGGCGAACGACAUGAGUGGAUGA